GAUGUGUGUGCUUGUCAAAGACUGGUCAGCCUAGACUGCAGCUGCCUGAAUCUGGAUUCAAUCGAUUCCUUUGAAAAUUAGAAAACAGUGACUCCAAAACCAAAUGCCUUUUCCAGGCAGCACCUCCCUUGAAAUGUAUCUCCUCUCCCCCCACCUCAGUGCUAGCUGUGCAUCCAGGGGCUGGACUGACAAUAAUAACUGCGGAUGAAAAAUGUGAAACCUACACACAGCCCUUAUGAAGGAUUCCACCUGAGCGGGACAGUAACAGAGCCAGCAACGGCGACAGAACCAGAGAUGACCUACAAAGUCGCCAUCAGCUUCGACCGCUGCAAGAUCACUUCCGUGACGUGCGGCUGCGGGAAUAAGGACAUUUUUUACUGCGCGCACGUGGUGGCACUCUCGCUGUACAGGAUCCGCAAGCCAGAGCAGGUGAAACUCCGUCUUCCCAUCUCAGAGACCCUUUUCCAGAUGAACAGGGACCAGCUACAAAAGUUUGUUCAGUAUUUAAUCACAGAACACCACACCGAGGUACUGCCAACUGCCCAGAAACUGGCUGAUGACAUUCUGUCCUCCAACUCCGAGAUCAACCAAACGCAUGGUGCGCCAGACCCCACCGCUGGCGCCAGCAUCGACGACGAAAACUGCUGGCAUUUGGACGAGGAGCAAGUGAGAGAACAAGUGAAGCUGUUCCUGUCUCAGGGAGGGUACUACGGCUCUGGGAAGCAGCUCAACUCCAUGUUCGCCAAGGUCCGUGAGAUGUUGCGCAUGAGAGAUUCCAACGGAGCCAGGAUGCUGACGUUAAUAACAGAGCAAUUCAUGGCAGAUCCCCGGCUCUCCCUCUGGAGGCAGCAGGGAACAGGCAUGACAGACAAAUGCAGGCAGCUCUGGGAUGAGCUGGGGGCCCUGUGGGUGUGUGUCGUGUUAAAUCCGCACUGCAAGCUCGAAGAGAAAUCCUGCUGGCUCCGGCAGCUCCGGAAGUGGGGCGACAUGGAUGUGUGCCCAUUGGAGGACGGCAGUUACGGCAACGAGCUUCCAAACAUCACCAACGCACUGACGCAGAGCUCAAAUCACAGCCAAGACUCCCUGGCACGUCCGAGACGGACGGUGUUCACCCGCGCCAUGGAGGGCUGCGACCUGCACUGGCAGGACAGCCACUUGCAGCGGAUAAUCAGCAGCGAUUUCUACGUGUCCCCUUCCUACCAGCGGGACAGUGAGAGCCUCCUCUUCAAUGCGCAAGGACAGCCGCUGUGGCUAGAGCACGUCCCUACAGCAUGUGCGCGGGUUGAUGCCCUGCGUUCCCAUGGAUACCCCAAAGAAGCGCUCCGACUGACUGUUGCCAUAAUCAAUACACUGAGAUUGCAGCAGCAAAGGCAGCUGGAAAUUUACAAACAUCAGAAGAAAGAAUUACUGCAGAGGGGAGCCACCACCAUCACAAACCUGGAGGGCUGGGUCGGGCACCCUCUGAACCCCGUUGGCUGCUUGUUCCUCACCUUGACGGAGGCUUGUAGAUUAGAAGAGGAAAAUUGCCUUGAAAUUUCAGAUGCCGGCGAUGCCAAGCCCCCGGUGUAUCAGCAUGUGCCUGUGGUGACUGGUUGCCAGGACAGCGGCGAGUCCUACCUGUCCCUUGCUUUAGAGGUGGCUCUGAUGGGGAUGGGGCAACAGCGGGUGAUGCCCGAGGGGCUGUACGCGCAGGAUAAAGUGUGCCGCAACGAAGAGCAGAUCAUUGCCCGGCUGCAGGAGCUGGAGCUGGACGCGGUGCUGGUGCAGACCCUUCGGAAGCAGUGUAUCUUGCUGCUGGAAGGUGGUCCCUUCAGCGGCCUGGGAGAAGUGAUCCAGCGGGAGAGCGUUCCCAUGCACACCUUUGCCAAGUACCUGUUCUCCGCCUUGCUGCCUCAUGACGCAGACCUGGCCUACAAGCUGGCCCUUCGGGCCAUGAGGCUGCCUGUGCUGGAGACGACCGCUCCCUCCGGAGACGUCACGCACCCUCACCACCUGGUGUCGGUCGUGCCCAGCAGGUACCCCCGGUGGUUUACCCUGGGCCACUUGGAAUCGCAGCAGUGUGAAUUGGCCUCCACCAUGCUGACGGCAGCUAAAGGUGACAUGCUGCGGUUACGCACCGUCCUGGAAGCGAUCCAGAAGAACAUCCACUCCUCGUCCUUGAUCUUCAAGCUGGCCCAGGACGCCUUUAAGAUCGCCACGCCCGCAGACAGCAACCCCGACACUACCCUGCUCAACGUGGCGCUGGAGCUGGGGCUGCAGGUCAUGCGGAUGACUCUGUCCACCCUGAACUGGAGGCGAAGGGAGAUGGUGCGGUGGCUGGUCACCUGUGCGACGGAAGUGGGUGUGCGGGCACUGCUCAGCAUCCUGCAGAACUGGUACACGCUCUUCACCCCCACGGAAGCCACCAGCAUCGUGGCGGCAACGGUGAUGUCCCACAACACCAUCCUGCGGCUGAGCCUGGACUACCCGCAGCGCGAGGAGCUGGCCGGCUGUGCCCGCACCCUGGCCCUGCAGUGCGCCAUGAAGGACCCCCAGAACUGCACCCUCUCCGCCCUCACGCUGUGCGAGAAAGACCACAUCGCCUUCGAGACGGCCUACCAGAUCGUCAUUGACGCCGCCGCCACGGGCAUGACCUACUCGCAGCUUUUCACCAUCGCCCGCUACAUGGAGCACCGGGGCUACCCGCUGCGGGCCUUCAAACUGGCCUCGCUGGCCAUGACGCACCUCAACCUCGCCUACAACCAGGACACCCACCCGGCCAUCAACGACGUCCUGUGGGCCUGCGCGCUGAGCCACUCCUUGGGCAAGAACGAGCUGGCGGCCAUCAUCCCCCUGAUGGUGAAGAGCGUGCACUGUGCCACGGUGCUGUCGGACAUCCUGCGGCGCUGCACCAUGACGGCCCCGGGCCUGGCCGGCAUUCCUGGCCGCAGGAACUCUGGCAAACUCAUGUCCACUGACAAGGCUCCCUUGCGCCAGCUGCUGGAUGCCACGAUAAGCGCUUACAUUAACACCACCCACUCCAGGCUCACCCACAUCAGCCCUCGGCACUACGGCGAGUUCAUCGAGUUCCUCAGCAAAGCCAGGGAGACCUUCCUCCUGGCCCAGGAUGGCCACCUCCAGUUCGCGCAGUUCAUAGACAAUCUCAAACAGAUCUACAAAGGCAAGAAAAAACUGAUGAUGCUGGUGCGGGAGCGGUUUGGGUGAGCUCCCGCCGGUGCUGGUAGGGUUUGGCAGGGGCACUACACGCAGAAGAAAGGAAAAUCUAACUGCAAUUGGCAAAACAGAGGGUUUUUGUUCUUUUGUUGGAUUUAACCAUUUCACAUCCUGCGAGGAGUCCAACGUUCUUCGGGCACAUCAGGCCAAAAGACAAGCCUGGGAAGAACAAUUUACUCAGUAUCCUACGCUCCUGAGUGUAUAACCGUUUAAUACCAAAAGCUAACCUGGAAAUCUAAUACCUCUUUCCUAAAGGAAGCGUUCGCCUGCUGGUCCCAAGGUUGCCAAGCAAAAAGGAAAGAAUAAAAACCGAAAGCAAAAGAGAAACGCAACACUAAACCUCGUGCGUCACCAAAAGCGAUGGCUUUGCAGCGCCGUGCGCACCCUGCGGAGACGUGAAACUCCUCUUCUCCAUUCGGGAAGAUACGUAAAGAAAAACUAGAGUAACUGUUCUCAGGGAUUGCUUACUAAAAGUAACAAAAACAAAAAAAGCAUUUAUUAUACUGUAAAUACUAUAGUAUAUGUGUCAAUUAUUAAAUUGUAAAGUUAUAAUUA